AUGUCGACAAUCCUCCGUACCGUUCGAAACCUGUGGAGGAUUGGUUUCAAAGAAUAUGGCCACCAAAUGCAGUAUAUUGGUGAUACCAAAGCCGGCACAUUGAUUGCUACGGACCGAUAUGGAAACAAAUACUAUGAGAACACGGAUGAGCUACCACUCCGAACGCGCUGGGUCGACUAUAAAGAGAAAGAAUUUGACCCAUCCCAAAUUGAUGGUGGCUGGCACGCAUGGCUGGCAUACAUGGUCGAUAAGCCCCCAACUCAAGAUGUGCUCAUGCAGACUGGCGUGCGACCGUGGGAGUUAUCAGAGCACCGACCAAACUUGACCCUUUCUCGCGCUGCUUAUAAACCAUAUUCUACGGUGAGACCUAAAUAUUCUGCUUGGACUCCUGUAGCCGCGCCCCGAUAG